AUGUAGUCCCCCGCGAUUUGGUACUGGGUGUUAUUUUGUUGCAAUUGCAGCCACAAAACAUUGACAUUUUGUGUGAUGUAAAAGACCCAGCGCAUCGGCACAAAGUGUAUUGACAGCUACCGCGUUUGGUAAAUCCGUUUUGGAUGAAAUCGGACACCGCUGAUGUUUCAGCGUCCAUGUCCUCCCGUAGGCUGUGUCGCGGAGCGAUAUUCCAUUGGAACCGACAAUGUGGAGGCUGUUAAUAUGUCUACUUGGGAAAUGAAAUGCUUACAAAUUCAACUGCAAUAAGGAACGGAGUAGCACUAAGAGUUAUGGUUCGUGUUAGAGACGUGUUUUCAGUUUCGUGACACAAGACAACGAGACGAGGUGGCGGAGGAGUGGUUCAUUUGUCUUUCCUCAUCUUCAUCAAGCCCCACAGUCCGGACCACGGGGAAGGAUCCUAUCCCUAACUUUGUUUUUCUCUUUACUCCAGCCGAUUAUUUCUCCCUCUUGGAUGCUACAAAAUUGAAUCCAGUUGCUUGCUGAGACUGAAAGGGCCAACUGAUCAGCAGCAGAGAAUGGCUGCAGUAGGAACAGACAAGGAGCUCAGCGACUUGCUGGAUUUUAGCACGAUGUUUGAACCUCCAGUUUCCAAUGGCAAGAACCGGCCAACUACUCUCGGUCAGUUUGGAGGUUCAGGUAUAGCCGAAAGGAGUGGGUCCAGUCCCUGGGGACCUGGUGAACAGAACAGUCCAUCUUUCAACCAGGCAAGGGGUUAUGGAGAAGAAGGCCUUUAUAAUGAGCAGGAGGGCAUCGCCUCUGGUCCCAUAUUUGGAUCAGGGAUUGUUGCAGGGAAGGCUGAGCGGGGAGCAUACUCUUCAUUUGCAACACAGCCGGGCUUUAUGCCCAGUCAGAUACCCAUGCAUAGUCCUGAUGCCCUCUCCCCAUCUGGCCUGAAACCAAACUCCCAGUUUUAUUCCUCCUAUGAGGGAAGUAACCCUCGCAGGAGACCCUCACAGGACCCCAUAGGACCACAGCCAAAAAAGAUCAGGAAGGUGCCCCCUGGCCUGCCCUCCUCUGUUUAUGCAGCCACUUCAGGAGAGGAGUAUAACAGAGACACUGCUGCCUACCCAGGCUCCAAGGCAGGAAAUGUCUACCCUCCAAGUUUCUACAUGCAAGAAGGCCUUCACCUACCCUCAGAUCCAUGGGGCUCUGCUGGGUCGAUGGUUCAGCCCAGUUACCCAGGCAUGCUGGGAAACUCCCCCCAUCUGAGCCAGCAUGCCCCCUUCACUGCCAUCAACCCCCAAGACAGACUGAAACGGCAGCCACUGCCCAUUUCUCCCCAAAACUACCCCCUGCAUGGCAGUGAGGUGAACGGAGCUCAUCCUGCUGGCUUCCACUCUGGCUCCAGUAGCUUUGGAGUCCCCAGUCACACACCCCCUAUUGCUGGCACUGACACCAUUAUGGCAGCCAAUCGAGGAGCAGUUCCUGGAAGUUCAGGUGAUGAAAUUGGAAAAGCGUUGGCUUCUAUCUAUCCUUCGGACCCAAACAGUAACGCCUUCCCUCCAUCUCCGUCUACUCCCUCGGGCUCUCCUCAGGCUGUAUCAGGGUCUGCAUCCCAGUGGACUCGGUCUUCUGGUCAAGCCACACCCUCACCGAAUUUUGAAGGUGUGCCGUCCAUGCAAAGUAAAAUGGAAGACCGUCUGGAAGAAGCCAUCAAUGUUCUUCAGCGUCAUGCCAGUGGACCUGGAGGGCCAGGGAUCGCUGAUAUUCACAGUCUGCUCUCAUCUGGCCUUGGGUUACCGCAGGCCUUCAACAGUGCCGCACUGGGACUGGCUAGUCGUCUGCCUGGACUAGUGUCCAGUCACCAUGAGGACUCUGCUGGUGUGCCCUCUAGUGGAGGAAUGUUGAACAGCCACCUCGGUCCCACAUCUGUCCAGGCAGCAUCUCAACAACCUGAAGGCUUUACUGGUCAUCCUGGAAGUUUAAAUCGUUCUAGUGGCACUGACAUCAAACGAGAGGAGAAAGAGGAUGAUGAGACCUGCUCGGUAACGGAUAAGUCAGAGGACGAGAGAAAGGACAUUAAAGCCCGCAUUCGAACAAGCCCCUUCAACCUCCCCUCUCCUGGCUGCAGCGUUGUCUCAGUGACUGAUGAGAACCUGACUGCCGAAGAAAAGGAGCAAAGGGAACGUGAGCGCCGCCUAGCUAACAACGCUAGAGAGCGAGUGCGUGUGCGUGACAUUAAUGAAGCCUUCAGAGAGCUGGGCAGGAUGUGUCAGGUCCACCUACAGAGCGACAAGGCCCAGACCAAGCUCAUUAUAUUGCAACAGGCCGUCCAGGUCAUACUGGGCCUGGAGAAGCAGGUGCGAGAGCGUAAUUUGAACCCCAAGGCAGCCUGCCUCAAGAGGAGGGAGGAGGAGAAGGUGUCAGGUGUGGACCCUCAGAUGCAACGUGGUGGGGGUCACCCUGGUCUUGGAGGCGAUGGACACAACCCUGUGAGCCAUAUGUAAUUUUCAGUUCCUGUUGAUUGUACAGCCCAGAACACGUGGCCUUAAUCCAUCAUUGUCAUACAUCUCAGUGUGUGUUAAUCAACUCUUGAAAAGCACACACACAUUUCAUUACUGACAAAGCAGGUGGCCACAUUCCCGAUGAUGAUGAACACAAGAAUAACAAGCACACUCAUACAAAAAGAGAAAAACCGUAUUGUAAACAUGACAAUACUUUGAACUGAAGACGCUGACACAAGAGACAGCGGAAGUCAAACAUAAGGACACUGAUGAUGUUUUUAUUAGACAUUUCUAGGAAGUUGCUUUACAUGUUGGGAGCAAAACUUUGGAUCAAAUGUAACUUGGAUCAAUUUCUCAUGUAAGCAAAGUUGGGAUAUGCAUUGUUGGAUAAUUAAUUGGUAUUCCCAUCUGAAAAAGGAAGGCUUAUGUUCUCCAUAAACAAAGAGGGACACUGAAGUUUAUUUACAAUACCUGACUAAACAUGUACCUGAAACAGGUAAAAUGCAUAGUGUUUCAUACAAAUUACCUUCAUUGAUAUCCCUCAAUGUAGUGACUGAAUUACACAGACAGGUUUUUAUGAUGUCCUACCAUGAUAACAACAUCUGAAAGACUGACAGGGUAAUCAGAGUUGACUCCAAUUGUUGGUAUGCUGGUAAUUCUGGCUGUAUUUUUUCAUUUUCUUGCUUUGGCUAAAAAGGUGCCACAAUUAGUAACUCACACAUGGGGGUUAAUUCUUUUUUUCUUUGUAACUGUGGAUCCCUGAGUCUUAUCUCGAAACGUCCUGUUCAUUUGUUAUUGUCACUGCCAUGCAAGUGGAAUGGAAAGACUGCCGGAGAGAGACCCACAACAAACACAAACUGGAGCACAGACUCGUUACGAACGCAGGAUCCGCAGUGAUGUUGAACCAGGUGUGUGAAUGGAUAUCCGCACUAUCCCUUAAGGCUUUGGUUGGACUCCAGUACAGACAUCGACACUGCUCGAAUCCUCCACCAUCAAUAAGUCGGCUCUCAGCCAUGUGGUCAGCAUGAACCCUCUGUGACUCCGUGUCACAUUCGCCUGCCCCAUCGAAUCAUACCUAAAGACUUUGUUAGAGCAUGAUGAACUUCCUUCAUACAACUCUCAGAACAGUUUGUAUUGUAAAUGUCAUUUUGCUACAAGCUGAAGUAUUGAAAGGGAUCAUGAGUGUUAGUGUUACCGUUUUGGAGAACUUACUCAAUUGCCAUUUACUGACUUGUUUUGGUUGUUAUUGUGUUGAUGAUUUGGUGUUUUGUUCUUUUUCCCCUUUUUGAACAAUUGCAAAGCCUGUUGUAAGGAUCUUCCUUUUGUAGAAUUGAUUUAUUUUUUAUUUUAUUUUUUACUUUGUAAGAUAGUUGAGUUUUUUCCAUUUGGAAUUCUUUUUGUUUACAUACAGUGCCUUGUAAAAGUCUUCAGUCCUCAACAGUUUUUUCACAUUUUGUUGUCUUUGAUACUGAAUUUUAUAUUAAUUGUCUUCAAUUAUAAACCUUUACAAGUCAAAAGAAAAUUCCAAAACAUUCAACAGCUUACUAACGAGAGAUGACCAGAUUAAAAUGUAUUCAUACUAUGGAGCAACCUCAGACAUUGUGAGGAGGCAAAUGUUAACAUGUGAGACUCUUAAUUGUGAAAAAGUGUUGGGGACUGACUUUUUCAAGGUACUGUAAGUCAACCCUCAGUUUAGAUUCCAGGAACAAAGUGAGGUGAUUUCUUUUGUGCCAGGUGCUUAGAUGGUAGAAAAGACAGUUAUCUGGCUGAUUACAUCACAUAUUGUGAUGUUAUAAUUUUUUUUUGAAUGCCUCUUUUAACACAAACAUGUAUGGCCAGUUGAAAUUGGAUUAUUCUGAUGUUUUCAACCAACCGUUCUGUUUAAAAGGGAACAAUAUUUCUUUUCUCGAUGGCACCACCUCCUCCCUCUCUUGAUUAGUUUGGGGGAAUGACAGUAAGGGUGGUCUGCACAAUCUGCAACAAAAUUCAUCGUUUCAUUAUGAUAUGAAGCAUAAAAUGAAUCAAAAAGGGUGGCCUUAGUCAUUUUCCUGACUUUGGAAGUUUUGAUAAUGGUUACUCACCAGUGCCUGAAUACUUCUCUACUACAUGGUGGAUGAUGUUGCGUUUGUGUACUUAUAGGUUGUACCUUUUUAUAAUACAGAUGUUUAAAAUGUUAUAUACUCUAUUAACAUCUGACCAUGUCUCAGAGCAUCUAAAUGAAGACACUCAUUGACACUGCUUCCAUCAGUGUUGUGUAUGUCAUUAGAUGUUGAUGUUGACUAAUGGUAACGUUGAGUAUGAUGCUAAAAUCUUUACUUAAAAUUUCUCAUACGUAUGUACUGAUUUUCUUUAAUAUAAAUAUGUCCUUAACUGGCAUGUGCAUUGAUAUGUAUGUACAGCUGUAUGAGAUGUCCUUAUCAGUUUUAUCAUUGUAAGCUGAUACUGAUAUAUAACAGUAUUUGGCCUUCCCCUCCCUGUGAUCUUGUCACUAGUUCUGCCCCAGUGGACUAGCUCCAGCCAUUAUUUGCUCGGUCAAUUCGCCUUUCCCUCAAAAAAUGUGGUGGUCUUGUGAUACAAUCGCUUCUGAAGAAUUGUACUUUUCUUUACACAGCGGAUAUGUCUACAGCCUCCAAGUAUCUUAAACAUGCACCUGAAAUCUUCUGUUAACAAACUGAGACCCUUCUGUCAUUCAUAACAGAUGACCUGCUGCAGAUCUGUGUCUUCACUCAUGUUUGGGGACAACAUCUACGUAGGCUAUGUCCUCAAAGUGCCUCCAGUUUCUUAUUUUUUUAUAUAUAAAGUAGAUAUUGAGAACUGUUGUGUAUAUAACAGUAAUGUAGCAAUAAAUGUGCCAUUUUUAAUAACA